AUGUCUUUAGCUAAUGUAAUGAUUUAUCCCAAUGAUGGGCUUCCAUCUACAUUAUGUCCAAUAUGUACAGAAAGACUUGAAAAUUGUAUUGGAUUUGUGCAACAAUGUGAAAAAUCUGAUUCUUAUCUUCGAUCCGGUUCUAACUCUAUUGAUAACAUAAGUGGUUAUGAUAUAAAAGAAGGUGAUAAGAAAGGCAUUAAAACUCCUGAAAAUGACUACAAUUCAUGUUAUGCUAAUUGUGUUAUCAAAUAUUCGCCCUCAAGUGAUAUGGCUCAGGACUUGUCAAUUGAUACAAACUUGAAUUUGGAUACUAACUUCAUAGACAAGGAAAUUCCCAUUAAAAGUAACACUGAAAAUGUUGGGAAUCCUUAUGAGAAUAGCAGUAAGGGUGAGAAUAAGAAGUCACAGAAACAGCAGUGCUUCACAUGUGGAAAGGUAAUGUCAUCCAGGUUUCGACUAAAAACUCACUUACGCACUCAUACCGGAGAACGGCCAUUUUCCUGUCCACAUUGCAACAAAAACUUUUCUUUGGCACAGAAUCUCAAGGUACAUCUUAGAAUACACACGGGUGAGAAACCACUGCGUUGCAAUAUAUGCGGCGAGUCCUUCGCACAUUCCGCCGGACUAGCAGUGCACAGACGUAAGCAUACAGGAUUGACGCCGUAUCAAUGUAUUCUGUGCCCGCGCAGCUUCCGAACUGUUGGCCACCUGCAGUAUCAUAUAAGAAGACACACAGGCUCUAAAAACUUUGAAUGCGACACUUGUGGCCGAGCUUUUAUUACCAGGAGUGAUCUCAAACAACACCUUUUGUCGCAUUCUGGAGAGAAACCACAUGUAUGUUGCAUUUGUGGUGUGCGUUUGACGCGUGCCUCUCAUCUUAAAAGACAUAUACGUUAUUUACAUAAUAAUGUGAAGGAAUCAAAUGUAAAAGAAUCACCCUCAGAAUGUUGCAUCAAGCAAGGAAGAGAAGGUGAUAAAACGAAGAUACUUGCUGAUGCAAGCGAUAAUAAUGUGGUGAAUAAUUAG